AUGGUUGGGAGCGUGCACGUCAAUGGAUCGGCGAACGGCGCGAACGGCACCGAGGAUCGGCUGGACGAGCUGCGCCGGCUGCUCGGCAAGUCCGACGGCGACCUGCUCAAGAUCGUCAGCAUCGGCGCCGGCGCCUGGGGAAGCGUCUUUGCAGCCCUCCUGCAGGACGCCUACGGCCACUUCAGGGAGAAGGUGCAGAUACGGGUGUGGCGUCGGCCGGGGCGGGCGGUGGACCGGUCCACCGCCGAGCAUCUGUUCGACGUGAUCAACUCACGGGAGGACGUGCUGAGGCGCCUCAUCCGCCGCUGCGCCUACCUCAAGUACGUCGAGGCGCGGCUGGGUGACCGGACCCUGUACGCCGACGAGAUUCUAAGGGAUGGGUUCUGCUUGAACAUGGUCGACACGCCCCUCUGCCCGUUGAAGGUGGUCACCAACCUGCAGGAAGCUGUCUGGGAUGCUGACAUUGUGGUGAAUGGCCUGCCAUCCACUGAGACGAGGGAGGUGUUUGAGGAGCUCAGCAAGUAUUGGAAGGAGCGGAUCAGCGUUCCGGUCAUCAUUUCCCUUGCAAAGGGGAUAGAAGCCUCCUUGGACCCAAUUCCGCGUAUCAUCACGCCUACACAAAUGAUCAGCUCCGCAGCUGGCGUUCCAACUGAGAAUAUACUCUAUCUUGGAGGCCCAAACAUCGCCUCAGAAAUUUAUAACAAAGAAUAUGCAAAUGCUCGAAUCUGCGGAUCCACCAAGUGGAGGAAACCUCUCGCUAAGUUUUUGAGGCAACCACAUUUCAUUGUUUGGGAUAACAGUGACAUUGUCACUCAUGAGGUUAUGGGCGGACUGAAGAACGUAUAUGCUAUUGGUGCUGGAAUGGUGGCAGCUUUAACAAACGAGAGUGCAACAAGCAAAUCAGUUUAUUUUGCUCACUGCACGUCGGAGAUGAUAUUCAUUACCCAUCUACUGACAGAACAGCCAGAGAAACUUGCUGGCCCUCUGUUGGCUGAUACUUACGUCACUCUCCUGAAAGGUCGCAAUGCAUGGUACGGGCAAAUGCUAGCGAAGGGAGAACUCAGGCUCGAUAUGGGUGACAGUAUCAAGGGAAAGGGGAUGAUUCAGGGUAUUUCUGCUGUUGGUGCAUUUUAUGAGCUGCUCAGUCAACCCAGCUUAAGUGUGCUACACCCAGAGGAAAACAAGCAAGUUGCUCCUGCUGAACUGUGCCCAAUUCUGAAGAGGCUUUAUAGAAUUCUGAUAAAAAGGGAGCUCCCAGUGGGAGACAUCCUCCAAGCCCUGAGGGACGAAACCAUGAACGACCCCCGUGAGAGGAUCGAGAUGGCGCAGAGCCACACAUUCUACCGCCCGUCUCUCCUUGGGAAGCCGUGA